AUCAAGUAGGAGAGGAAGAUGAUCAGACAGCGAUGAUGCCAACACGGUUUGGUCAACUCUCUCUCUCUCCUCCUCUCUCAUUUCCUAUUUAAGAGCCCACCUCCAAGCCCUUCUGCAAACCAAAGCUAAGUUAAGGCCAAGUUAACCUCAGCAGAGUUCUUUUUGUCUCUGUUUCUAUCAAGCCUCCAUUGAUUACUGUUCUGGUUUCGAAAGAGUAGCAGAUUAGUUUGUAUAGAAAUGGUGGGUAUCGUUCAUCUUGAGAAAUUUGUGCUCCUGCUGAGUCUGGUUCAUGCAUGCCUUGGAGUCGGAGGGAGGAAGCUCACUGCUCUAGUGCAACAGCCCCCUCUCGUGCUGACUUACCACAAGGGUGCCCUGCUCCAGGGCAGCCAUCCUUUCAGCAUCGUCUGGUAUGGAGAGUUCACACCUUCGCAGAGGUCCAUCGUUAGCGACUUCCUCAGCUCUUUCAACCACCAAGAGAAGAGCCCUUCUGUGUCCUCAUGGUGGAAGGUUAUUGAAGCUUACUUGGUCAAAGCAGGCAUGCAAGGAAGUGCCAUGGUGGUGCUGGGAAAACAGGUCUUAGAUGACAAGUACUCACUGGGUAAGUCACUCAAGAGGGCACAAAUUGGGGAGCUGGCUGCUAAGGCCACAACUGCUAACGGCAUCACUCUUGUGCUCACAUCUAAGGAUGUUGCAGUGGAGGGAUUCUGCAUGAGCAGCUGCGGCUUCCAUGACUCCUCUCCCCUGCAGCCCAGUGGUGAAAAGUUUGCAUAUAUUUGGGUCGGUAACUCAGAGAGCCAAUGCCCUGGACAGUGUGCCUGGCCAUUCCACCAGCCUCUGUAUGGGCCGCAGACCAGGCCGCUGGUGCCGCCAAAUGGUGAUGUGGGUGUCGACGGGAUGAUCAUCAACAUCGCUAGCAUGUUGGCCGGCACCGUCACCAACCCCUACAAGAGCGGCUAUUUCCAAGGGCCGGCUACUGCUCCUCUAGAGGCAGCGUCGGCCUGUUCAGGGAUAUAUGGAAAGAAUGCCUAUCCAGGCUAUGCAGGGGAGUUGCUGGUGGAUUCAGUUAGCGGUGCAAGCUACAAUGCAAAUGGAAUCAAUGGGCGUCGAUAUCUAUUGCCUGCACUGUGGAACCCAGAUACAUCUACUUGUUACACUCUCGUAUAAAGAUGAUGAAGAAGAAGAAGAAGACGGUGCCGUUUCCACAAACUUCUGUACAUAUACUACAGUCUUUGGAGUGGUCGGUUCGAUGUGGUUUGGCUUUUGUUAUAUAUACUGCAAUCUUUGAAACUUUGGAGAAUGAUGCAUAAUAAGGCAAAAAGCAUGUACUAAUAAACAUACUACUGUGUUUGUGCUCA